AUGGCUUCCUCUCAGCCCGUCAUGAAUGACAAGAGUUUACUGAGUGUUCAAGAGCUUGCCAAAGAGCCCAUGUUUACCAUCCCACAGCGCUAUGUUCAAGCACAUCAAGAACCAACUGUUCUCUCAGAUGCCUUUUCCUUGCCCAUUGUUGACAUGAAAAACUUGAGUGUAGGAGGGGCCAAGGAUUUAGAACUCGAAAAUUUGCACUCAAUCUGCAAAACCUUGGGCAUCUUUCAGGUGGUGAACCAUGGAGUUAGCUCUUUGCUGGUUGAAAAGCUAAAACAUGAGAUUGAAGAAUUUUACAAGCUUCCUGUGAAAGAGAAAUACAAGGUGAAGCCUGGUGAUGUUGAAGGGUAUGGCCCUACCAUGAUCCGGCCUGAAGAUGAAAAGGCUCACUGGGUAGAUAGGCUUUACAUGAUAACCAACCCAAUACAUAGAAGGAAGCCACACUUAUUGCCUGAGCUCCCAGUAUCACUUAGGGAUACUCUGGAGUCUUAUCUCUCAGAGCUGCAAAAAAUUGCCAUGACUCUCUUUGGGUUAAUGGCAGACGCACUAAAGAUUGAUAAGGAAGAGAUAAAAGAGAUGUUUAUAGAUGGGAUGCAAUCGGUGAGGAUGAAUUACUAUCCUCCUUGCCCACAACCAGAGCAAGUCAUGGGCUUCACUCCUCACUCAGAUGUUACUGGAAUUACCAUCCUUCUAGAAAUCAAUGGAGUGGCAGGCUUCCAAAUUAAAAAGGAUGGAUUUUGGUUUCCUGUUAAGUUCCUCCCAGAUGCCUUUGUCGUGAAUGUGGGAGACAUUCUUGAGAUCCUCAGUAAUGGUAUGUACAAAAGCAUCGAGCACAGGGUUCUGGUGAAUGCAGCGAAAGAAAGGAUCUCCAUUGCUAUGUUUUUCAACCCUAAAUUUGAAGCUGAGAUUGGACCAGCAAACAUUCUUAUAAACCCACAGAACCCUCCAUUAUUCAAAAAGAUUACAAUGGAGAACUACUUUAAAGACUUCCUCUCUCAUAAGCUCGAUGGGAAGUCAUAUCUGGAGCAAAUGAAGCUGAAAAAUUCAAAAAGUCACACCAUUUGA